AUGAAAGACAGCGAAUUUGUUGGAGGCAGGUUAAAAUUAAGAGAGGUAAAAAUUAAGAAGAGCAAGAAAAGUAAAAAGAAUAAUAGGAAAGAAAAAUAUAGGAGUGAAGAGAAGGAAAAUGUUGUGCGCUAUAAUGAAGAGAGAUAUGAUGAUAAGAAGCAAAGAAAUGUUCACACAACUAAUGAACAUGAUUACGCAAAUGACUAUGCAUAUGAUGAUACAAAUGAGGAUAUAUAUGAUGGUUUUAACAAAGGAGUAAAAAAAGGGGAGACGAAAGAAAAUACUGAGUCAGCGAAUGUAGAAGAAAAACUGAAUGAAAUACUACAACUAAAUUUAACGGAAUCGGAAAAAGCAUACCAGUUAGUUCUAAAAAAAAGAGAAAAACAAAGAAUAGAAAAUAUUUUAAAAGUAAGCUAUCGAGAACGCUUACAAAAGUUUAACGAUAACUUAGCAUCCCUAAGUGAACAUUUUGAUAUACCCAAAGUUGGACCAGGGUAA